AUGGCUGCUGCCAAGAAGCUGAUGGCUUCUGGGCGACUGCAGGUAGGCUGGGUCAUGACGAAGGUGGUGCUGCUGGCCGCGAGACCAACACGGUGCUACCGAUGUCUUGACACCGGCCACUUGGCGCCGAACUGCCAGUCCCUGGUGGACCGUAGCGGGAAUUGCUUUCGCUGCGGUAAGCCGGGGCACAAGGCCACCGACUGCGCGGAGAAGCUCAGAUGCUUUCUAUGCGUCGAGCUCGGCAAAGAGAGCAACUACGUGCUGGGGUCUAACGGCUGCAUCACAGUAGCCAGCAAGUCGCCCGGCACGAAGAACAAGCGCAAGGCAAGGCUUAGCCGCGUAAGCGGUCUGGAGCCGAUAAGGCCGGGGCCAGUGAAAUCGCCCCCGCCAUGGAGAUUGAAUCCUAGACCGUUGAUCGGGGGAUCACCGCCCACAAAACAUUGA